GUGAGGGCCCUAACGGAAGGGCAAGGGUGGCAGGCUGCGGUGAGGAGGGCUGGAAGAGGCCCAGUAAAGCAACUCCUCCCCAGCAGGAAGCCCAGCCCGAGGUCUGAAAGUUUCCCAAGUAUACUCCCCUCCCACCUCCUCCCUACUCCCCACGGCUCACCUUUGACCUCUUCCAGUUGUUAUUUAACUUGGGAGAUUCAGACUACUACACUCCAGAAACACGCCAGGGAGGCCAGGAAGUCCCAGGUUGAUCCCGGCAUGAGGGUGGGAACCUAUCAAGAGAAGCCUUCCUCCCUACAGACCGGAGAGGCCAGAGCUGCUGCCUGGAGUCCCACUGGGGUGCAGGAAGUCUUGGCAUCUCAGGGCCUGUCAAGCCCACAGCCCCAGCCGAAGCACGGGCGGAGCUGGCUUGGCAGAGGUGCCCACACCUGUGCGUCGCUCUGUGCCCCACCUGGAAGGGGACUGGGAAACUGAAGGAUGAAAGGUGCCAGGUCCCUGGCUACCCCACAGCCAAUGGCUGAGAAGUUCUCAUGGGAAACUAGCAUGGAGUGGCGGGACCCAUCCAAGCAUCUUUUCGCAGCUGAAAACCCCUCCUUCCAGGAUGCCGUCCGCAUGCUCAACACCCUGCAGACCAAUGCCGGCUACCUGGAGCAGGUGAAGCGCCAGCGGGGCGACCCCCAGACACAGCUGGAAGCCAUGGAACUGUACCUGGCACGGAGUGGGCUGCAGGUGGAGGACUUGGACCAGCUGAACAUCAUCCACGUCACUGGGACCAAGGGGAAGGGCUCCACCUGUGCCUUCACUGAAUGCAUUCUUCGAAGCUAUGGCCUGAAGACAGGUUUCUUUAGCUCUCCCCACCUGGUGCAGGUGCGUGAGCGGAUCCGCAUCAACGGGCAGCCCAUCAGUCCCGAGCUGUUCACCAAGCACUUCUGGCGCCUCUACCACCGGCUGGAAGAAACCAAGGUGCCCUGGGACGGCAGCUGUGUCUCCAUGCCUGCCUACUUCCGCUUCCUGACCCUCAUGGCCUUUCACGUCUUCCUCCAAGAGAAGGUAGACCUGGCAGUGGUGGAAGUGGGCAUUGGCGGGGCCUAUGAUUGCACCAACAUCAUCAGGAAGCCUGUGGUGUGCGGUGUCUCCGCUCUUGGCAUUGAUCACACCAGCCUUCUGGGGGACACGGUGGAGAAGAUCGCAUGGCAGAAGGGGGGCAUCUUUAAGCAUGGUGUCCCGGCCUUUACUGUGCUCCAGCCCGAAGGACCCCUGGCAGUGCUGAGGGAUCGAGCCCGGCAGGUCUCUUGCCCUCUCUACCUGUGCCCACCCCUGGAAGCCCUGGAGGAAGGGGGGCCGCCACUGACCCUGGGCCUGGAGGGAGAGCACCAGCGGUCCAAUGCUUCCUUGGCCCUGCAGCUGGCCCGCUGCUGGCUGCAGCAGCAGGACCACCAGGGCAUUGGGGAGCUGACGGCCUCCAGGCCAAGCCUCCCACGGCAGCUGUCCCUGGCACCAGUGUUCCAGCCCACGGCCCACAUGCGGCGUGGGCUGAGGGAAACGGAGUGGCCGGGCCGGACGCAGGUGCUGCGGCGCGGGCCCCUCACCUGGUAUCUGGACGGCGCGCACACCACCAGCAGCGUGCAGGCCUGUGUGCGCUGGUUUCGCCAGGCGCUGCAGGGCCGCGUGAGACCAAGCGGGGGUCCUGAGGUGCGUGUCUUACUCUUCAACUCCACCGGGGACCGGGACCCGGCGGCCCUUCUGAAGCUGCUGCAGCCUUGCCAGUUUGACUAUGCCGUCUUCUGCCCCAACCUGACAGAGGUGUCACCCAUGGGCAGUGCAGACCAACAGAACUUUACGGUGACGCUGGACCAGGUGCUGCUCCGCUGCCUCGAACACCAGCGGCACUGGAGCCACCUGGAUGAGCAGCACACCAGCCCAGAUCUCUGGAGCAGCCCCAGCCUGGAACCUGGAGGGUCCGCAUCCCUGCUGUUGGCGUCCCACCCACCCAUGCCCAGCGGUGCCAGCUCACUUGUCUUCAGCUGUAUCUCUCAUGCCCUGCAGUGGAUCAGCCAAGGCCGGGACCCCGUCUUCCAGCCUCCUCCUCCCCCAAGGGGCCUCCUCGCCCAUCCUGUGGCCAGCAGUGGGGCCAGCGAGCUCCGAGAGGCUGCUGCCAUCCACGUGCUGGCCCCGCCCAGCCUGCACCUGGUGGGUGGUGUCCUGAAGCUGCUGGAGCCCUCCUUGUCCCAGUAGCCAAGGCGGCAGCGGGGGGAGGCUCCUGGGAGGCAGGGGCCUUUCCCACCUGGCCGGUGUCCUUAUGAACUCACAUACUAGGUGCCUUCUACUUUCUGCUCCCCUGAUUUGAUGGACUGGUCCAGAGACCCGGGCUCUGGGUGGUGGAAUAGAGGGCGGGGGGCAGGAGGCUGGGAGAGGCCGUCCUCCAUCUCCGAGGUCCUGUGUCUUGGCCUUUCCUUCCUCCCGGGACUCUCUGUUGUAGCAGUCUGGCAGCCCCGCCUGUCUCCCUCCCACCCGCCUGCCUCUGGCUCAGGGCCAGCUUAUUGUGUGUGCUGCCUGGCCAGGCCUGGGUCCUGCUGGGUGCUGGGCGAUAAAUUUCCUCUUCCCACUGUCUUCUGGGAAAGGAGAGGGCCCCUGCCGGGGGCACCCUGAGGGCACAGGGUGACUGGAGGGAAUUAAAGUCUUUGACUUUUUUUUAAAGACA